GUGUCCUGAAACGGAAGAAAGCACCUACUUUCACUCACACUGCCGUCCUCUGGACUCGUUUUUAUAUUUUUCAUCUUUUCUAAGCUGACCGGAAUUCGGUUUUCACCUCUUACCUGUAGUGUAGUUAAUUCCACGAACGUCACUUUUUUUUAUUUCCUCUGUUUGCCGCUCUGUGGUGAAGUGGAAGCUGAGUCUCAUCAGCUGCGACAACAAACGUGGAUGUGAGGCAGCUCCCCUGCUCAACAUGAACGGCUGAGUCACCAACUUUAGCACCUAACAGAUUCUUUGCCAUGCUACAUGGGAACGCUUUAAACUCUUGCCUGGUCGUCUUCCUCCUACUCUUCAUCUUUGUCACUGCCCAUGCUCACUCCUACCCCCGGUUUUCACGCAGUGACACAGAGUUCCAGCACCUGGUGCUGCACCCGAAACCUGGAGUGGGGACAGUGUACCUGGGAGCCAGGAAUCACCUCUUCCAGCUGGAUGGCUCAGACGGACUCUUGCUGGAGCAAGAGGAGACCACAGGUCCCGUGAUCGACAGCAAAGACUGCCUUCCUCCUGUCACAGAAAGCAACUGCCCCCAUGCUGGCAGAACCGACAACCACAACAAGCUGCUCCUGGUUGACCCAAAGGCAUCGGAGCUGAUCAUCUGUGGCAGCGUCCAUCAGGGAACAUGCCAAAAGCGAAGCUUGGCGUCCAUCAAGGAAGUUCUCUUUUCCACUGAUAAGCCCGUGGACACGCAGUAUGUCGCAGCUAAUGAUCCAUUGGUGUCAACCAUUGGGUUGGUGGUCCCAAUUCCUGGCGGGAAUAGGACGGUGAUGUACGUGGGCCGGGGCUACACCGCCAGCCACCCACCCAUCUCUACCCGCCACCUUUCGUCACUGCCCGCGUUUUCCUAUGAGGAGACGGCCAAGCUGGCCGUAGCCGGGCGCCUGUCAGAGUACGACCACAACUUCAUAACCGCUUUCACACGCCGCUCCUAUGUGUACUUCCUGUUCUACCGCCGAGACAUCAAGUCGGCAACAAGGGACUACCAGACUUAUGUCGCCAGGGUGUGUCUAGAAGACACCUCCUACUAUUCAUAUGUAGAAAUUCCCCUCGUCUGCCAAUCUCCGUUCUCUCCUUCCACAGUGUUUAAUGUGCUUCAGGCAGCCCAGGUGGGCAAAGGCGUGGGCCAGCAAGGCGAAGAUCUGUUGGGCGUCUUCUCCACCCGCACUGGCUCAAUAAACACCCCACCUGAUCUCUCAGCGCUUUGCGUCUUCCCUCUGGACGAGGUCGACAGGCACAUCGACUCCACACGUGACCUCUGCUACACCCGAGAUGGGUUGGUUGAGAAUCAGGAUGAGGUGGCCUAUAUAGAGUAUGAGGUGAAGUCCAGCUGUGCUAACCUCCCUCCGAACACUCUGAAAGCGUACCCGUGCGGUUCUGACCACACCCCCAGCCCCAUGGCGAGCAAAGUGCCGCUGGAAGCUAAAGCCGUGUGGCAAACUUCAGCGGCCCGUCUCACCGCCGUGGCAGUCAGCGUCAGGGAGGGACACAGCAUCGCCUUUCUGGGAGAUGCCAAAGGCAAUCUUCACAAGGUUUAUCUUGGCAGAGACGGGGCGGUGGAGGUGUAUGCAAACUCAACGAUACAACCCAACUCCCCCAUCAACAGCGAUCUGUUACUUGAUGAUCGCGGCUCACAUAUCUACAUUAUGACAAAAACAACAGUAGAAAAGCGUCCAGUCGCAGAAUGCGGGGAUCACUUGGACUGUCAGUCAUGUCUGUCUGCCAGAGACCCGUACUGCGGCUGGUGUGUCCUUGAGGGACAGUGUGGCCAGCGGUGGGAGUGCCAGCGAGGCUCUCUGCAGGGCCAGUGGUUGUGGAGUUUCAACCAGAUGCAGCAGUGCCUGGGCAUACAGCGCCUCAGCCUCUACAACAUCAGCCUUGGAGAGAAAGCAGAUAUUGCCUUGUCAGUGGAGGGUCUGCCCAGUCUCCAACAAGACGAGGCCUACUCCUGCUUCUUCCAGGACACGGAGAGUCCAGCUUUACUCACCACUACCGGUGUCAUCUGCUCCACCCCAGGCGCCAGCAACCUGCCCCCCAUCGGUCUGGGAGAUGAGUUUGUGACGGUGACCUUGGCUCUGCGUUUCAUUAACGUGACCGUAGCUGAGACAGAAUUCACCUUCUACAACUGCAGCCUGGUGCAGGAGCUUUCUGGGCGCAGGCCAUGCCAAGGGUGUGUCAGCAGCCGCUGGGGGUGCAAUUGGUGUAUCCAUGAGCAUGUCUGCACACACAAACACACCUGCAGUCAAGGAGUCACCAUCCACAACCAACGGUUAACGCCACAAUUGCCCACCAUCCCACCUCCAACCAGAACUCCUACCCCAUCACCUCCUUCUGUUCCGACCGCUCCAGCAACAACAGCAACUACUUCUACACCAACAACACAGCCGGCUCCCACAGAGACAUCUGCCACCACCAAAGCAGCUGUCCCCACAGUGACCAUCACAGGCACCCCCCCCACUGGUCCUAAUGCUGAAUCCAGCACACCAGCUACCCGCUCAACAACUUCCCCCUUUGUCAGGCUCUCCACCCAGGCCAGCUCCACUCUCACUGACAUAGCCACCACGGAUGGGGUCCUCAGCAACACAGAGGGAGCCACAAAGGAAGCCAUCAGUUCUCUAAGUGGCUCUUUGGAAGAUGAAGACACCUUAAAUGUCACGGCUGAAGCAAGGCCCACAUCACCAAGCGGCACCGGUGGCCAAGCAGACCGUUCUGGUGAAGUUGUGACCACUUUCCCGGAGAUAAACUCUACUGCUUCCAGAGAAGCUGGCCCUUUAAUAGACCCCUCUAUCAGUCUGGCCACUACCGAGGAGAAUGUCUCGCCUCCGGGGCUGAGCGGCUGGGAAAAGCCUAAGAAAAGGACGGAGAUGGAUUCUGAAUUGACUCCAUCUGUCGCCCGUUCGCUCGUCCCGACGCAAUUACCUGAACCGGUUGUUGAUGUCACUACUGAUUCUCCAACAAAACUCCAGUCUGAUUCUUCUUCUGAAUCUUUUACUCCGGAAUGCCCGUGUGUGGAGAAGGUUCAGGAUUCCUCUCUGCUUCCUGUCAAUGUGGAGAGGAAGAUCACGUUGGUGGGCCAACACCUAGACCUGUUUCAGGAUAAGGAUUUGGAGUACGAGUGUGUUUUGGAUGUGGAGAAUCAGUCAGUCGUUGUAGAGGCUUCUGUAGAGCCUGAUGCUGAUCGGCCAUCAGUCUUCUUUAUCACCUGUCAGCCACACCAGUAUGUUUACUCCCUACUGAGGGAGGAAUACUUGGCGACAAUCAAUGUGAGGAGAAAAAACAACUUCCUCAUAGACAGCGCUGAGGAUCUGCAUGUCACUCUGUUCAACUGUUCAGUGGGCCGGUCCGACUGCAGCCGGUGUCGAACGGCUGAACCGAAGUACGACUGUGUUUGGUGCGGCGGAGAUGCCAGCUCCAGCUGUGUGUAUCGAGACUCUUGCGCUGAUGCGAUCGAACACACAUGCCCCGCACCCGUCAUUCACCGCUUAGACCCUGAAUCCGGUCCAACCGAGGGAGGCACAGUUGUAACCAUUUCUGGCUCUAAUCUCGGUCAAAGGGCCGAAGACAUCCAGAGCUCGGUCACAGUGGCCGGAGUGCCGUGCAUCGUCAUCCAGAGCAGAUACGAAGUCUCAUCUAGGAUAGUGUGUGAGACUACCAGCAGUGGACAGGAGACGAGGGGCCACGCCUCAGUCAGUGUAAGAGGAGGAGAACACGGGAUCUCUGCUCAUACAUUCAGUUUUCAGAAUCCUGUACUCAGCAGCAUUUCUCCUUUAAGAGGGCCCAAAGCCGGGGGAUCAUCCCUCACUAUCAAAGGUCGGAGACUGAGGACCGGGCAUCCACGUGAGGUUGGAGUCCUGAUCGGAGGAGUUCCCUGCAUGGUGAUCGACAUCCAGGAGGAUCAGAUCAAGUGUUUGACCAGAGGCAGCAACAGAACGGGAGAGCACGGCAUCACGGUGCGCUUUGGUGGAGCAGAGCGCCAUCUGCAGGGUUUUAUGUAUCAUUACACCCCUAACCCCAACAUCACAAGGGCAGCGCCGUCCAAAAGCUUCCUUGGCGGAGGGAGGAUCAUCAGAGUCGACGGCCACAACCUGGAUUUGGUCCAGGAGCCAAAAAUGAGAGUGACCCUCAGUCCGCCCGAUGCUCUGCCUCCGAGACGGAGAAGGAGCGUCGGAAAGAAGAUUAAAGUCCACCUCAACAGAGGACAGACCCAACGGGGUCCACUGAGGAGAUGGAGGAGGAUUGUUCCAGAAGCGAACUGCCCUGAUGGAACGCUCUGCCACGUAAAACACCACGAAUCCCACUGCAAGGUGCACAACGCAACGCUCAUCCUGUGUCCGACUCCUGCUGUGGGUCCAGAGGCCACAGAGGCCAGGGUCAAAGUUCACUUCCUUUUGGACAGCCUCCAUUUUGACUUCAGCACGGUGGGUGGCGAAACGUUCAGCUACGAACCCAACCCCAAGCUGUUCAAGUUGAACAGGAAUGACCCAAGCAAGCCGUUCCACCACAAACCCGGCAGCGUCAUCUCCGUCGAGGGAGAAAACCUGGAUCUGGCCAUGUACAAGCAGGAGGUGGAGGCCUGGAUUGGAGGGGACCUGUGUGUGAUGAAGACUCUGUCACACAAUCACCUGUACUGUGAACCACCAGCUACGCAGCCCUCCAUCACAGCCAAUAGGAAGCAGGACGGCCUGGAGAGUUUGCCUGAGUUCAUUGUGAAAAUGGGGAAUCUGAACUUCCCCCUGGGAAGAGUGAAAUACGACAUCCAGGCCCAGUCUACGUUUCCUCUGGAGGCUCAGGUGGGGGUGGGGGUGGGAGCCUCCGUCGUGGCUCUUAUUGUGGUCAUCAUAGUGCUGAUAUACAGGAGGAAGAGCAAGCAGGCCAUGAGAGACUAUAAAAAGGUCCAGAUCCAGCUGGAGAACCUGGAGACCAGCGUCAGGGACCGCUGCAAGAAGGAGUUCACAGACCUGAUGACGGAGAUGAUGGACAUGUCCAGCGAUUUGGUGGGCUCAGGGAUUCCCUUCCUCGACUAUCGGGCGUACGCAGAGCGCAUUUUCUUCCCAGGCCACCAGGAGUCGCCCCUGAGGCGAGAUCUGGACGUUCCAGAGAGCCGAAGACAGACGGUGGAGCAGGGCCUGGUUCAGCUGUCCAACCUGCUCAACAGCAAACUGUUCCUCACCAAGUUCAUUCACACUCUAGAGGUCCAGCGGACGUUUUCCCCCAGAGACCGGGCCUAUGUGGCCUCUCUGCUGACGGUGGCGCUGCACGGUAAACUGGAGUACUUCACGGAUAUCCUGAAAACGCUGCUGAACGACCUGGUGGAGCAAUAUGUGGCCAAAAAUCCAAAACUCAUGCUCAGAAGAACAGAAUCAGUGGUGGAGAAGCUGCUGACAAAUUGGAUGUCCAUUUGUCUCUACACCUUUCUGAGGGAAUCAGCGGGGGAAUCGUUUUACAUGCUGUUCAGAGCGAUAAAACACCAGGUGGACAAAGGACCUGUGGACGCCGUGACGGGAAAAGCCAAAUAUACGCUCAAUGACAACCGGCUGCUACGGGAGGACGUGGAGUACCGCACGCUGACUCUGAACGUUGCCAUGCCGGCCACAGCCGCCGGUGGAGCCGCCACCAAUCAGACGGUUCCGGCGAAGGUUCUGGACUGCGACACCAUCACACAAGUGAAGGAGAAGGUUCUGGAGCAGUCCUGGAAAGGAAUGUCGUUUUCACAGAGGCCACACAUCGACUCACUACAUCUUGAGUGGCGGGCCGGGGUCGCAGGUCACCUCAUCCUGUCCGAUGAAGACCUGACAUCAGUAGUUCAAGGCUCCUGGAAGCGACUCAACACAUUACAGCACUACAAGGUCCCUGACGGAGCCACCGUGGCGCUCGUUCCCAGGAACAACAAGCAUCACCUGCAUGACAGCCACGACUACAUGCCUGGAGAAAAGACCCCUAUGUUGGACGAUGGGGAGGAGGGCGGGGUGAGGCUCUGGCACCUGGUGAAAGCCAGCGACGAAUCAGAGCUGCCGAAGCACCGGCGGGGCAGCGUGAGGGAGAAAGGAGGGGAACGAGCCAAGGCCAUUCCUGAGAUCUACCUCACACGGCUGCUGUCCAUGAAGGGCACUCUGCAGAAGUUUGUGGAUGAUUUAUUCACUGCUAUCCUGAGCACCAGCCGUCCCGUGCCUCUGGCUGUCAAAUACUUUUUUGACCUGCUGGACGAGCAGGCUCUGCAGCACAACAUCUCAGACCCAGAGACCAUCCACAUCUGGAAAACUAACAGUUUACCGCUGCGGUUCUGGAUCAAUAUUCUGAAGAACCCCCAGUUCAUCUUUGACGUGCAGACCUCGGAUCAUGUGGACGCCGUUCUGUCCGUCAUCGCCCAGACCUUCAUGGAUUCCUGCACCAUCGCUGAUCACAAGCUGGGAAGGGAUUCUCCGAUCAACAAGUUGCUGUAUGCCAGAGACAUCCCACGUUACAAACAGAUGGUGGAGAGAUACUAUGCUGACAUCAAACAGACCAUCUCUGCCAGUGACCAGGAGAUGAACUCGGCUCUUGCAGAACUCUCCCGUAAUUAUGCUGCUGAGGUCAACUGCCAUGUGGCUUUACACGAGCUGUACAAGUACAUCAACAAAUACUACGAUCAAAUCAUCACAGCUUUGGAAGAGGACGCUACAGCUCAAAAGAUGCAGCUCGGUUACAGACUCCAACAGAUCGCUGCUGCCGUUGAAAACAAGGUAACAGACCUAUGACCCCGGCACCAGGGGAAAUAUUGUCUCGACUCAUAAAGGGAAGGCAUCGUUAGGAAUACCUGUCCUUGGUCUCUCUUGGACAAAAAAAAUUUAUUUUUAUCUAAGUACAAAAGAAGACAAAGAAAUAUUCUGACCUGAACUGUGGUAUUGCUGGAAGGACUGGUUUUGCGUGAAGAGAGAGACUGGCGUUGACCGACUGGACCACGUUUCUGGUGGUGUAAGUGGUCCUCUCUCUGGGAGAAAAGGGACGCCUCUUCAAUAAGGAGGGACAAAUGUGAAAAUAAUGUGGAAUGAAGCACACAUCGAAACAUUUUGCAUUAUUGGCUUUCCUCCUCGGAUUUAACUCUUGGAGGGAAAGACGCAUCAUGAAAAACAUCAUUUGCUUUGUUUAUCCGGACAAACCAAGCAGAACAUUCCCACCCAUCAAGGUUCACUUUUUAUUCCAAAAGGUACAUUUUACCCUAAAUGUCAACACUGUUGGAACAUUUUUAUUUUUCUCUCCAAGUCUUACAUACAGGAUGCACACAUAAUGACUUUUUCUCCCUGUUUCAAGCCCUUCUUCCAAGUCUUACCCUAAAAAUCCUCUGGAUUUUUUUACACAUUGUUUUUACUUCUGUCUGCUUUGGCUGCCUGGCUUAAAGGAAGGACUACUAUGGGUUUGUUUUCCUUACUUUGUCAAAGACAACAUUUUGGGUCAUCUUCUCUAAUGUUGAUGUGAAUUUUGUAAUUAUCUGCAUUGUUUGAAUUGCUCAACAUAAGUUUGAUCAUAUAGACUAAACACUUAAACUUUAAGUGAACAAAUAGGGUUCUUUAUAAGUAAAAUGAAGAACACAAAAUUAGUAAAAGAACUGCUGUGACUGAUGAAAUUCCCUCAGAAACAAAUAGACAUUGAAAAAAGACAAGAAAAAAAAAAUCCUGACACAUUUUUACAGGCUUUGAAGAUGAUUUCCAUCUGCACCGCCCUGUUUGAAACCUAAACAGGUUUCCAGUCAAUGUUCAAACAUUGACUGGAACAAAACUGGAUCUUCCAGUCAGUGAACACACUGCAACCAUCUCGCACUGAGAACGCUCUUCGGUGUGUUAACCGUUACUGACUGAAGAUGCACAACUAGGUGUAACAAAGAGAUGCUAUCUAUAAAGGAACAAGACUGUGAGAAGGAGCAAAACCGUCUGGAAAGGUUUUAGUAGGAAUCCACAUACUGUAGAAUUUACACAUAGAAUUAGCUAUUUACAGAGAAAUCCAGAGAUCAGAAAUCAGCUGUAAAUCUCUGAUUGAUGCAUCUUAACACAUUGGUUUGAUAUUCAGUGUCAACUUCUGAACUUAUAUUCCAGUUCAAUCUGAUUUAUUUUCCCAAAGCUCAUAUGUUGAUUCAGAAAAGAAGGAAAUAUUGACAUCUUUAAAAUCCCGUAGAAGUUCUGAAAUAAUUACCGUAAUACCGUUGGUUCUCUGUGUUUUUGCAAAUCUGUUCUACAUAUGCAUUUACAAAAUUUAAUUUGGUUGCAUUACUUGCACUAAUUUUAUGCAUUGUGUUCUUCUUUUCGAUGGAUUUCCAUUUUGGGUGGGAGGCGGCUUUUUUAUUCUAAUGAACCACUUCCCAUCUACUUGUUACUACUUUACAUCAAAGAGCUCAUCUGUUGUUUUUUAUCUCUGAACUGACAAGUCAGCUGUGCUGUUUUUUCUUUCUUUAGUUAACAUUUAUGUUGUUGCUGUCAAAGUGGAUGUCAGGUUUUAGCAGUCUGGCGGCAGAGCGAAGCUUUUUAUCUUGUGAAUAAUUCAACCUGUAGGAUUUUAAACGAUGUGCCUCCUGCUCCACGACGCCACAUGUUGGAAGGCUUUUAGUUAUCGAUUUCAAUUUUAAUUUAUUGUUUAUUUAUUUUAUUGCUUAUGCUGUUGGUCUUUUUUACUGUCAGGCCUACAAACCUGUGUUUGUCGCGUCUCACUAAUUCAGAUUCUUGUUUUUGUGGUAGGGAAGCAGCUCUGUCCUUCCGUUUCGUGCCGUGUGGUGUUGCUCUGAGAGAACUGUCAUGGAUCAAGUCAGAAUCAAAGGUCACAAUCAGCUUUUCAGAUGAAUCACUGUCUUUUUUUCCCCCACAUUAUAAGGUAGUUUAAGAUUAUGAUUUUACAUUGCUGCAAACUGUUACCUUGUACAUAAAAUCUUUUUCUUUUUUUUCUUUACCAUGCACAUUAAUGUUGCCUUCAGAUUAUGUGUAAGCAGUUCUGAUGUGUGUUCUGUAGAUACAUACCGUUACCCAGUAAUCUCAACUCUUAGCUUUCUCUGACUAACUGAUAGGAUGAGCCUAACAACAGCUUAAUUCAAUGCAAUAAAGUGAUUCAUAUGUACACAUUGUA